UUUGGCUUAAUAAAGUAAUUCGCUAAGUAAUUACGAACAGUCGCACCAGAUGAUGCUGGAUUUAAGUGAAUUAUCUCUUCUUGCAAAUUGUAGUUUUGUAGUAUAUUUUGCGGAGGUUCGUAUGUUGGUAUCGAAUACUGAAUUCCCUCUUUACUUCGAAUGAAAUUGUGUAAAACACAAACACAUUUUAUUAUAUUUAUAAUAGUGGAUAAUUUUGUACUCCGAAUAGGUGUUAGCAGUACCUGAAAUUUUUGAGUCAACAUGCCAAAACUACAUUCGAUUGUUUUUCUUGCCCUGCUCAGCCUGUAAUUGAAUAUACGAUUUUUAUUGUUUAGUGUUUGUACUGGGUAUGGUCUCAUUAAGUAUCGUUUUAGAGGAAACGCAUUAUCUCCCACAAAAAAAUAGGGCACUUUUUCCUGGCUGUCAUCAUGAGGUAAAGAAGUAUGAACUGGUAGAUGUAGUCCACCUCUCUCUAACCACUGAGCUGAACUUGAGGCACGAAAUAUUCCCCCAUCGUUAUUUCUGCCUGCAUACCCAGUUUCUAUCAUUGUGAAUAAUCCAUCUGCAUCACAAACCGCGAGUAGAACAAUUGAAUGGUACUGUUCGUAGUUGUAAUUAGUUGAUCCAGUGUUAGGAAGUUUUUGAAUUCGUAUGUGCUUGCCGUCAAUUGCUCCUAGGCAGUUUGGUAAGUUCCAUAAUUCGUAAAAACGAUUCGCUAUUUCUUUCCACUAUUCAUUGGAGGGUAUUUUCAUAUAUGAAUGAUGAAGUAUAUUCCAAAUAACUGAUGUUGUUUCAUUUACUAUAUUAGAUAUAGUACUAAGUCCUCUUGCAAAAUAUAGGGACAAAGAAGAAUAGCUGCAUCCUGUGGCAAGAUAACUGAAAUAAUAAAAAACAAUGAGAUAUUAUCAUAUAUAUUUUUUUUUCUACAAAAAUAUGAAUAUGACAUUUUUUGUUACAGUUCAAGAAUGUAAAGAAAAAUGGAGAAAUAUAAGAUCUUCGUUUCUUCGAAGUAUGAAAGCUCCUGCAAGUGGAUCCAAAUCAAAAAAACCCUAUUAUCUUAAAGAUUACCUACAGUUUAUAUUGCCCUAUGUAAAACCAGUGAAUAACGUUGAAAACACUGGGAAUGUUCCAGAACCGCCUCCAGAGAUUUCUAAUGAAGAUAAUAGUUCGGCAAAUGUAGCAAGUGAUUCAGUUUUAAAUAAUAAUCAUAAUGAAAAUUCGCAAACUGCGUCCUAUAAUUCAGAAGAUGAAACAAAUCAGUCUGAACCUGUAAUGACUCAGCAACAAAAACCAGUACACCAGUUACCAGUGACGCCAGCAUCUACUGCUUUCCAAACCUGUCGUUAUCGAAAACGUCAGGUGACAGAAGGCGAGAAAACAUUUGUGGAUUAUUUGAAAGCUAAAACCAGAAAGGUUCAAGAUGGGGCAAAUUCCGACAGUAAACCAAAAACCAGUCAUAUGCACCACUUUCUACUCAGCUUGUUACCCGAUUUAGAAAGUAUGACAGAGGAACAGCAAAGAAAUAUAAAACUGAGAAUUAUGAUCCUCAUUGAUGCAGUAAAGUCCAAUCAUCUUCAAUCUCAUCAGUAUACACAUGUUCCAUCACAAAGGUCAUCCACGAUUCAGUCAGUACUAACUCUUUUAGUUUCUCCUGAUCCAUCAAGUCAGUUUUCCGACACUCAGUACACUAUACUGCCGACAUCACCAGAGACAGAAGCAGAUGUAGCACAAACUGUUUAUUCAUAUUUCAAGACUUUUAAUACAAAUAAUGACUAAUGUUUUCUUUUCUCUAUGUGCACUUACCGUAACGUUAUUAAAAUCCUUUCUCCAGCGCUUA